GGACUGAGCUGAGUGUGAAAACAAGAAAGAGGGAGAGACCGUGGGACAAAGAGAGGGUGGGGCUUUACAUGAGUCAGGACACUGACAUGCUUUAUGGUGCAAUUUUUACACGACUCACACUUCUCAGCAACGUCAGUAACAUGUGAGAGCUGGAAUACAGUCCUCAGAGGAGCUACACAAAGUGUGUCUUUAGGCAGCAACAAACAAAGUGAAACCCAGGAACCGUCCUGAACAGCUUGUCUCGUCUCUCUGCUCACCUGGCCAGUGUGCAGCUUAUUCCUGGAUAUCUCCAAGUUAAUCUCCGACGUGUAAAGUCAUGAAGCGGAGGAAGACACUGGACUUGUUCAUCGAGGCGUUAACGUUGCUUCUGGGGAAAGAAAUGCUGUAAAACUCAAAUCUGUCUGAGUGUCCUGAGGCAGAAUGUUUCUCCCUGGAUGGUUGAUUUGGUGGGUUCUCCUGACCCUGAGCCCUUCAGCCUGCAGUUUGGAGAUUUCUGGAUAUGAAAGUGAUGAAAUCAUUUGCUCUCAGGGUCUCUCUGAUUGCACCAUGAAGGAUGAGAUAAUAAAUCUGGACAAGAAUUAUGGUGUGGACGUUCAAAACCUUACAGCGAACUUCAAGCUCUGCUCAGACACAAAUGAGUUGUGUUCAUUAUGUUUGGUGAUAGACACAGAGCUGCACAUCCGCCUGGAUAACGGCACGGAGGACAAAGGCCACUCUGGGCAGAGUGAGGAGGCUAGGAAGCGACUGGAGCCCACUGUCGAUGAUUAUUUCAUACAUCAAGGUUCUCUGACAGUGUGCUACCAUAUAGCUUCUACCAUGCCCAUAUGCAAGAAGGUGGAGUUUUCUGUCAAUCAAACAGCGGUUACUCAGCAAAACCGGGCAAAGGUUUCCAUGGUGAUUACUAAACCGGCUGGGGUUUCCUUCAGCAGCAAAGUGUUUGUUUAUCUGGAUUCUGGAUUACCGCCUCAAACGGUUGAUGCUCCUUCUCUAGAAAAAGUGUGUUCCAUGGAGCUGAAGAAGUGUGUAAAAGAGUGUCAGGUACCCAAAUUCAGUAUCCUGAAGGAGAAGAAUCACGUGGAGCUGCAGUUUGGUGGCAGAGAUAAUGGCCGUCCGUCUGUGUGCAUCCAACAUGAGCAGAAUGGAGUUUGUCAGAGCUGGAACAGGAAGACCAUCCCCCUCCAUUCUGUGACCCACUGCAUGUGUCUCCAGACAUGGUAUGAUCAGAACUUAAUGCGCUCUCAAAGAUGCCCCUUCACAAACAUGGAUUUCUCUCAGAGGAACGUGUGGCAGAACGUGUCAGUGUCUGUGGGCCAGGGUCAAACCAACCAGCAUGGCACACUGCUACUGUGGAACCUGUCUGCCCCCUGCAGGCUGGAGGGUGAGGUGUGGCCCUGUCGUAAGGAGGACAGCUGCAGGGAGAUGAGGGGCCUCAGACAACAGCUGGCAAAUAAACCGUGGAGACAAAACAGCAAAGGACUCUGGGAGAAAACAGGGUCGUUUGAAGACAUCGACCUUCAGCUGUUUCCAUGUGUUAUGGUGAAAGUAAAGGGAAUGGGACAUGAGCUGGGUCCUUUCUGUUUUAAAGACACUGACAGGUGGCGCUGGAGUCUCCUGGUUGUCUUUGUCAUGUUGCUGGUUUGCUUGUCUAUGCUUGUAUUCUAUAUACUUCACGGCUUUGUCAAGAAAUGGGUGUGGAGCUGGCAUCAUGGUGGAUUUGUGAAGAUUGGCAGAGAGGGACACGUUUUGCUGCUGAGCCCCCCAGAUGUGGAUGAUGGUGUUUCUGAGUCAGUUUGUCGACUCGGCUCUCUGCUCUGCAUCCAAGGCUUCAGUGUGUCCGUGGACCAGUGGAGCAGGAAGGAGCAGUGCACUCUGGGACCUCUGCCAUGGUUGCACUCCCAGCUGCUGCAGCAGAACACCAAGGGGGACCGAGUUGUGGUUGUUUUGACCCAGAAAGCCUUAGAGAGAACGGAGGAAUGGUCGCAUUACCAUAAGAGGGUUAUCACUGCCAAAAAGAUGGCAGACGAGGGCCUCCCUCAGAUAUGGUCCCCUUACUCCGACGUGUUCACAGCCUCUCUGUGCCUCAUUCAAGCGGACAAGCAGCAGGGCAGGGCUGGAGAACGUUUUCUUCUGGUGAAAUUUGACUCAAGUCCAAGCAGCAACAGGAACCUACCAGAGCUGCUUCAGGGGCUGCCUCUGUUCCAGCUUCCUGCUCAGAACCAGGCCCUCUUAACUGAACUACGUCUGGGCAGGACAAGGAGGAGAUCAGGUGGAAAGACACGGACAGGAUGGAAAUGGAACAGAUCAGAUGGAUGGAGAACAAAGACUAAAGAGGGAUCAGACCAGCAAAAGACGUCACUAUGUAAAUAUAUUGGAGUGGAUAAAACUUGGAGUCAACACCCUUAAAGUUUCCAUGAAUGGAAAUGAAGGACAUGUGCGUACAAGUGAUGUAACAAUCAGACACUCUGAAAGGUGGACAAUAUUCUAUAUCAUCAACUGAUCCCAUUGAGACCAAAAUCCACAGUGAACGCAUGAAUCUAUCCCUUAAUACCUUCCAGACUUUUUAUGUCCAUGUAAAAUGUUAAAGUUUACAUUUCCUGUAUUUUGAUUGAAAUAAUGUUGAAUAUAAUAUUGAGAUAUCCAUUAAAUAUAUAUUUCUGGUUUUAAGUAGCAAAAACCUCUGUCUUGCAAGAACAGGUGUUAAACCAACCACAUGUAUAGAACUGCAGCCUAAUACUGUACCCUGGUAAAACUCACUGGGAUUUAGUGUGGAGCUCCACACUGGAGUCUCGCUUGAGGUGUAAAACCCCCUCUAUGCUCCUGUUUUGUCGAGGGUGACCAUCUGUAGGUGUCUAGGUCCGCUGCUCCCGACUCCUCGGCGGCUAGACCCUCCGAGUGGACCAGUACAGUGCCAGAGGGUGAUGAAAUCAUGGAGUGAUUGAGAAACUUAUGGAGUAGAGACGAGAAGGAGCAGUUGACUUUUCUGGAGCCGUCAGACCCUGCAGGGUUUUGAAUGGGAUUUCUUUGGACUGCAGGUGAUGAUUACAGGGGCGUAUAGGGGAAAUCCAGUGAAACAACUAGGAAUCACUGGUGACUUUGAACUUGUUUCUUGAUAACAAUGAGGACUGGGAGGAAUGAACAACAGCCACUAAUUCCUUGUUUGCUUUGGUCUUUUUUACUAAAUGUUUUUGAUCAUGUGUUGGAUAUAAAAUAUCCCCAAACUCUUCCUUCAAGCUGCAAAUGGAUGAACUUUAACUCAACCUACAGUCCCACAGAGCAGAUAGA